CUCCGCCCCGGCCGUCCUGACCCGGCUCUCGCUGUGCUGACCCCAGGCCCGAGGCACCAUGAGGCCCGGCCUUGCGCUGCUGUCCCUGCUGCUGCAGGCCGGCUGGGCGGCCGCCCAGGACGAUGUGGGGACCGCAAAGCCCAUCGCCUUCCAAGACUGCCCCGUGGACCUGUUCUUCGUGCUGGACACCUCUGAGAGCGUGGCCCUGCGGCUGAAGCCCUACGGUGCCUUGGUGGACAAGGUCAAGGCCUUCACCAAGCGCUUCAUCGACAACCUGAGAGACAGGUAUUACCGGUGCGACCGCAGCCUGGUGUGGAACGCAGGGGCACUGCACUACAGCGACGAGGUGGAGAUCAUCCGUGGGCUCACACGCAUGCCCGGCGGCCAGGACGAGCUCAAGGCCAGCGUGGACGCCAUCACGUACUUUGGCAAGGGCACCUACACGGACUGCGCCAUCAAGAAGGGGCUGGAGGAGCUGCUCAUCGGGGGCUCCCACCUGAAGGAGAACAAGUACCUGAUCGUGGUGACGGACGGGCACCCCCUGGAGGGCUACAAGGAGCCCUGCGGGGGCCUGGAGGACGCAGUGAACGAAGCCAAGCACCUGGGCGUCAAGGUCUUCUCCGUGGCCAUCACACCCGACCACCUCGAGCCACGCCUGAGCAUCAUCGCCACCGACCACACCUACCGGCGCAACUUCACGGCAGCAGACUGGGGGCAGAGUCGUGGGGCCGAGGAGGUCAUCACCCAGACCAUCGACACGAUCGUGGACAUGAUCAAAAACAAUGUGGAGCAAGUGUGCUGCUCCUUCGAGUGCCAGCCUGCCAGAGGACCUCCAGGGCCCCGGGGUGACCCUGGGUAUGAGGGUGAGCGAGGAAAGCCAGGUCUCCCUGGAGAGAAAGGAGAAGCUGGAGACCCGGGACGGCCUGGAGACCUGGGACCCGUCGGGUACCAGGGCAUGAAGGGAGAAAAGGGAAGCCGCGGGGAGAAGGGCUCCAGGGGUCCCAAAGGCUACAAGGGCGAGAAGGGCAAGCGUGGCAUCGACGGGGUGGACGGCAUGAAGGGGGAGACAGGGUACCCAGGCCUGCCCGGCUGCAAGGGCUCACCCGGAUUUGACGGCAUUCAAGGACCCCCUGGCCCUAAGGGUGACGCCGGUUCCUUCGGACUGAAAGGAGAAAAGGGGGAAGCCGGAGCAGACGGGGAAGCUGGAAGACCCGGAAACUUGGGGCCACCGGGAGACGAGGGCGAACCCGGAGAGCCUGGGCCCCCCGGAGAAAAAGGAGAGGCCGGCGAUGAGGGCAACGCUGGUCCCGACGGCGCCCCGGGGGAGCGGGGCGGCCCUGGAGAGAGAGGACCUCGGGGGACCCCGGGCAUGCGGGGGCCACGGGGAGAGCCGGGUGAAGCUGGACCCCAAGGUGACCAAGGAAGAGAAGGUCCUGUUGGUGUCCCAGGAGACCCGGGUGAGGCUGGCCCCGUUGGACCUAAGGGGUACCGUGGUGACGAGGGUCCCCCCGGGCCUGAGGGGCCCAGAGGCGCCCCAGGACCUGUCGGACCCCCAGGAGACCCGGGGCUAAUGGGUGAACGGGGUGAAGACGGUCCCCCUGGAAAUGGCACCGAGGGCUUCCCCGGCUUUCCUGGUUAUCCAGGCAACAGAGGUCCCCCAGGGCUGAACGGAACGAAAGGCUACCCUGGCCUCAAGGGAGAUGAAGGAGAAGCUGGAGAGCCUGGAGAGGAUAACAAUGACAUUUCACCACGUGGGGUCAAAGGAGCAAAAGGGUACCGAGGCCCGGAAGGCCCACAGGGACCCCCAGGACACGUGGGACCACCUGGACCGGACGAGUGUGAGAUUCUCGACAUCAUCAUGAAAAUGUGCUCCUGCUGUGAGUGCAAGUGUGGGCCCAUCGACAUCCUCUUCGUGCUGGACAGCUCCGAGAGCAUCGGCCUGCAGAACUUUGAGAUCGCCAAGGACUUCAUCAUCAAGGUCAUUGACCGUCUGAGCAGAGUCGAGCUGGUCAAGUUUGAGCCGGGACAGUCGCACGCUGGCGUGGUGCAGUACAGCCACAACCAGAUGCAGGAACACGUAGACAUGAGGAGCCCCAACAUCCGCAACGCCCAGGAGUUCAAGGAAGCUGUGAAGAAGCUGCAGUGGAUGGCAGGCGGCACGUACACCGGGGAGGCUCUGCAGUACACGCGGGACCGGCUGCUGCCGCCCACCCAGAAUGACCGCAUUGUCCUGGUCAUCACCGACGGACGCUCAGACACCCAGAGAGACACCACGCCCCUCAACGUGCUGUGCGGCCCUGACAUCCAGGUGGUCUCUGUGGGCAUCAAAGACGUGUUUGGCUUCGCGGCCGGCUCUGACCAGCUCCACGUCAUCUCCUGCCAAGGUGUGCUGUCCCAAGGCCGGCCCGGCAUCUCUCUGGUGAAGGAAAACUACGCAGAGUUACUGGACGACGGCUUCCUGAAGAACAUCACCACCCAGAUCUGCAUAGACAAGAAGUGUCCAGAUUACACCUGCCCGAUCACCUUCUCCUCCCCGGCCGACAUCACCAUCCUGCUGGACGGGUCAGCCAGCGUGGGCAGCCACAACUUUGACACCACCAAGCACUUUGCCAAGCGCGUGGCCGAGCGCUUCCUCUCGGCCGGCCGUGAAUCGGCUGCCCACACGGUGCGCGUGGCCGUGGUGCAGUACAGCGGCCAGGGCCAGCAGCAGCCGGGGCGGGCGGCCCUGCAGUUCCUGCAGAACUACACGGUGCUGGCCGGUACCGUGGACAGCAUGGACUACUUCAACGACGCCACGGACGUCAACGACGCCCUCAGCUACGUGACUCGCUUCUACCGUGAGGCGUCAUCCGGCGCUGCCAAGAAGAGGCUGCUGCUGUUCUCUGACGGCAAUGCGCAGGGGGCCACGCCGGCGGCCCUGGAGAAGGCCGUGCAGGAGGCCCAGCGCGCGGGCAUCGAGAUCUUCGUGGUGGUGGUGGGUCACCAGGUGAACGAGCCCCACAUCCGCGUGCUGGUCACAGGCAAGACGGCUGAGUACGACGUGUCCUUCGGCGAGCGCCACCUGUUCCGCGUGCCCAGCUACCAGGCCCUGCUCCGCGGUGUCUACUACCAGACCGUCUCCAGAAAGGUGGCGCUGGGCUAGCGGGCCAGGCCCGCCGCCACGGUCUUCCUGUGCCUCCCACCCACAACCCCACGGGAAGAGGAAAUGUGACCCAGGUCUCCCGAGCAACCUCUGAGAGGCCACGGCUGGGCCUCCGGCUCACGUGCUGUCUCCACCCCUCUGGAGCGCUGUCUGGCCCCUCUCUCCCUUACUCCAUCCAGCACAACAGCGCCUGGCUCUCCUCCAUGUCCCCUCCCUCCUCCCUGCCCCCUCCCC